AUGACACCCAGCUAUGCAGUCGCGGAAAAGCGGGCCGCGGAGGUGCAGCCAACUUUAGAGAUCGCGGAGACCGCGGAGGAGACCGCAGAGGAGCCCGCGGAGCAGCUGGCAAGGUCGCCGACCGUGGUGCAGCCGGACGCUGAGGGCAGUAACCGCGGGGGCUGCGAGACUGCGGGCGCCGACCGCGGGACCGCGGGACCGCGGGGGGCCGCGGAACUGCGGGACUGCGAGGAGUCCACCAACAGCGAUGUGGUGGAAGUCCAGACUUUGCCACGGCGGACAGGCCGACUUCGUCGGCCGCCUAAUAUUUUCGUCCCUGCUGCCUUCACCACGGUGUACGACGUUGAUGACGAUGACCUGGCGUACGACGACGCCGCGGAUGAUGAGGAGUUUCCCGAGCUCGACCCCGAUAUGCACGCCGACCCCGAGCACCGUUGGGACAUCGCGACGAUGACGGUGAAGGAGGCGCUGGCGAGCUGGAAGGGUCCGGCGGUGAAGGCCGCCAUGGAAGAAGAGAUCCGCAGCCUCAUCAACAUGGGCACGUGGGAGCUGGUCGAACGCCCACCCGGGGUCAACAUCAUGAAGAACCGAUGGUUGCUGACGACGAAGUACCGCAUCGACGACACCGUCGAGCGCGAGAAGGCGAGAUUGGUCGUGAAAGGCUUCACGCAGGUGUAUGGCGCUGACUACGACGAGACGUACGCGCCGGUGAGCAGCUACGUCACGCUGAGGAUUUUCCUCAGCAUCGUCGCCGUCCUCGACUUCAACCUGAUGCAGCUGGACAUGAAGAACGCCUUUUUGCAGAGCAAGCUCGACCGCGUGCUGUACAUGUACCAGCCGGACUACUUCAACGACGGGACCGGCCGGGUGUGCAAGCUGCUGAAGUGCCUCUACGGGCUGAAGCAGUCGCCGCUGCUGUGGUACAAGGCGCUCAACGACGUGUUGGUCGGCGCCGGGUGGAAGAAGAGCCAAGUCGACGAGGCUCUGUACUUUAACAUCGGCGACGACAAGUCGGAGUACGUGGCGGCCGUCGAAGCCGGCAAGGAGGGACGUCGCCUUCACUUCCUACUUGCGGAGUUCUCGCAGCUGGACGCCGGGAAGCCGACUGUCCUCCGGGUGGACAACAAGUCGGCCAUCACGGUCGCCGAGGGCAUGGGGUUGACGGGCAACCUCAAGCACAUGGAGCGGCGACAGGCCUGGCUGCAGCACAUGGUGAAGCGCGGGAAGUUUUCGCUGCAAUACAUCCCGACCACGGAGCAGCCAGCUGACUUUUUGACGAAGGCGCUGCACUAUUCGACCUUCAACCGGUGCUCCGUCGCAAUCGGCCAAGUGCGGCUGGCCGACGUGGGCGACGGCGACAACGACGUGCAGCAGUAG